AUGGCAAGCACUACCCAGAAACCCGAGUCCGAGAUGGCUGAAGCCCAGCAUGGGUUACCAGCCGCACCACCAGACAAUGACGACCUCUUUUCGUUUCAUUCGGACCAGAGUGCCGCCCAAUGGAUGGCACUUAACUUGCCACAACACAACCCGACGCAAGCCCUACACGACACAUUCCAACCGCUCGUUGAAGAGUUUGGGGAAUUGAGUCAAGAUGACCCUCAACGGGCACAGCAUACGACUGAGACCUUGAGACCCUAUUCAGCGCUUUGGGAGAGUUACGCUGCAAAGGGAGCACGCAUAUUACACCUUGAGAAGGAAAAUGAGAUCAUCCGGGCAGCCAACACCCAACUAUGUCAAAAAUUAGAUAUUAUGGAACGUCGGCAAGCUAAUCAGGAAGCAUUGCUAGUCUGCUAUGCAAAGAUAUUUCUUAAAGUGCGCGAGGAAGUUGUGCGCGUUCUCAGUGAAGGGGAGAGUAACCCCAUCCAUCCAACUUUGGGGACGAUUGAGAACCCUAUGGACGAAAUACGCUGA